AUGGAUACAGCAGCACAUGUUCCUCCCGGUUUUCGAUUCCAUCCGACCGACGAAGAGCUCGUAAAUUACUAUCUUCGUAAGAAAAUUGCCUCGAGAAGAAUAGAUCUGAAUGUGAUAAAGGAUGUUGAUCUAUAUAAAAUUGAGCCAUCAGACCUUCAAGAAAUUUGCAAGAUUGGAGACGAAGAGCAGCAUGACUGGUACUUCUUUAGUCAUAAGGAUAAAAAAUAUCCAACUGGAACUCGCACUAACAGAGCCACAACAACUGGAUUUUGGAAGGCAACUGGGAGGGAUAAACCAAUUUACUCGAAACAUAAAUUGAUUGGUAUGAGGAAAACUCUGGUGUUCUACAAGGGUAGAGCACCAAAUGGACAGAAGUCGGAUUGGAUAAUGCAUGAGUAUCGACUUGAAUCUGACGAAAAUGGAACUCAACAGGAUGAAGGUUGGGUUGUUUGUCGAGCAUUCAAGAAGCGAGCUUUAUCUAUAAGGAAAGGAAAUGAAUUUGAUCAUGAUGAGUCUACAUGCUGGUAUAAUGAAAACAUGUCAUUAAUGCAAUCAACACUGUCUCAGUGGAAUAUGGAUUACAAUCAUCUUCCUUACUCUUUCAAAGAACAAAUGUUUCAAAGUUUCCACCCAUAUGAUCCUCAUCUCCACCUACCUCAAUUGCAUAGCCCCAAAUUUCAUGUAAAUGUUGCAUUGCCACUUCAGAAACAAGUAAACCAUGAUUGCCAAAUUGAGAGAGUUUCUUUUCAUAAUUCUACCCCAAAAAAUAGUCAAACUAUGGAUGAUCAAGUAAUUGACUGGAGGAUUCUUGACAAAUUUGUUGCAUCUCAACUUAGUCAAGAGGGCAUUUCAAAGGAUUUAAAUGAUACAAAUGCACAAGAUAAUCUUCCAAUUCCUGGAAAAGAAGAAGGUGAUCAUUCUUCAGUGAUGCAUAACGCAUAG